AUCUUUAAUGCUUCUCACUUCAAUUAGUAGCAGUUAGUUUAUUGUUUAUAUUUAUUGUUAUUACUUUAUGUUGAGUUCUUUGCGUUGCUUUUACAUUUCUUGUAUAAAUACCAGCAAAGAUGAAGUUGGACCUCACCAUGAACGACCGUUUCAAUCAGCGGUUUCAGUCGGUUUAUGGCGGACUGGUUCCCCAGAUCGCCCGACUGGUGCCCUUCAACGACUCUGAGGUGACCUGCAUCCUGCUGAUCUACUACAAGUAUAGUCUCCAGAAUGGGCCCUCUGCUCGCCGAAUAACAUCCAGCCAGUUUGUGAACAUCGUGAUCGGUUUCCAGCAGCUAUACGACAUGGACGUGGUGGAUCGCAUCGUAACCCUAAUCGCAGGUGGCAGGAAACACGUGACGCCUAUGGAAUUCGUCAACUACAUGACCAUCCUAAUGUCCCGCGACAUGGAACGCAAAAUGGAGUUUGCAUAUAUGGUUUACGACAAAAAUGGCAUGGGCAUUAAUAGAGAGAUCAUUUCAUCUUCGGUCGAGAGGUUUUUCGCCGGGGACGACGACGAGAUACUCGAGAUGCGACUGGACAUGGUCGAUUUUCUACUCCUCAAAUUUGAUGAAGACCAAGACGGCUACAUCUCAUUUGAGGAGUAUAGAUCGAUCGUGUUGCAGCAGCCGCGUCUGCUGGAGUUUCUGGGUCCCAUCUUUCCCUCGGACGAGACGCGUCUGGUGGUGGCGUACUGCACUGCCAUAUACUCUCACAUACCCGAAAUGGGCACGUUGUAGGUAUGGAUGCAGCAGGGUAUGUGGCAGUUUGCCAGAACUCCGCCAGUCACAUAAAUCUUUCAGGCACAAAUAAAUCGAAAGCAAUGCAAAUCA